AUGAAAGAAUCUCAGCUUCGGUUCGGAGCCUUAGCCUCUGCAGAUGUCAAAGUAUGGUUGAGGGGUCAAAAUGGCAAAAACUAUGAAGGAAAUCCAGUCUUUCUCCAUUCUGUCAUUCUCAAAAGAUCUCUGUUUUUCGAGGCCAAGAUGUCCGAGCGCUGGUCAUCGGAUAAACCAACUAAUAUAAGGGUGACUACUUCUCAUGACUUUGAUGACUAUUUAAAAUGCAUUCGACUCAUGUAUGGCGAGCGUGUGUGUUUCUACAAUGUGGAGGAAUGCGUGGCCAUUCUUUCACUUGCUUCUGAGUUGUUGGCGGAUGAGUGCAUCAACAAAUGCAUGCAAUAUUUGGAAGCAGUUCGUUGGAGUGCUGAGCAAGAAUCCCUAAUUCGAGAUGUGCUGUCGUCUCUGGGGUUAAAACUUUUACCAGAUUUAGCUGCCAGGCUUGAUAAGGAGAACGACGACCAGAUAAUUUUUGUGAAAAGGAUUAGCAAUGAAAUGGUCUCCAUUAUUAAAAACCAGCAGACAACUAGACGAAACCGGACAACUGCAGAGAAACAUAUAAGGGGCAUCUUGGAGGGAAAUACAUGUAGAGAAGAUGUGGAAGUAUGCGAGCGUGUGCUUUUGGAAGGGUUUAUAUCAUCCACCGCUUCUCGUAAUUUCAUGGCUAUGAGGUCGCUGUCUAAAUUUAUCGAGCGUUGUGAGGGAGAGAUACUAAAAGCUGCAUUCAUCGCUUGUUGUGAAGAUCCAGAAAUUACGAGGUGUGCUACGGUGAUAUGCAGUAACCCAAAAUUUGAUGGAAAUAUAUUCUACACUAUACUCUGUUUUAUGCAGGCCCUAGGAGACGGAAAGAUGACAAUUUCCAGAGCUUCUCGAAUUUCUUUUCUCACAACUUGGCUACCAAUCAUGGCAAAAUUGUGCCGUAAAGAGCCUAGAAACCAUCUUAAGCUUGAUAAAGAAGUGCUUAGGGUCGUUGAGAGCCUCCCUCUAGUUGACAGGAGACGUAUUUGCGUGGAAUGGAUAGCGCUUUACAAGAAGUACGACAUCCCCAUCGCUAAGCCAUUUUCUUUGUUUAAAGAUCUACAAGAUGCCCAUUACGAAUCCACAUCAAAGUAG